AUGGCCGCCCGCGCCAUCUCGAGGGUUCACACCCUCUCGGGCAACCUUCUCCGCGGCCGCUGCCGCGGCCUUUUGAUACCCUCUUUCUCCCGCUCCUUCACCACCACCCCAGGACGCCAAUACGCCCUCACCUCACUCCUCCAUAUCUCCCCUGAAGUCACCGCCGCCUUGUCCUCCAACAAACCCGUGGUCGCCCUUGAAUCCACAAUCUACACCCAUGGCGCCCUCGCCGAUGACCUGGCCCGGCACCUAGACUCGGUCGUCCGCUCCCACGGCGCCGUCCCAGCGACAUGCGGCAUCCUAGCCGGCGUACCCACCGUGGGCCUGACGCCCGCUGAGGUCGGCCGCAUGGUGCGUGAGGGCGCGAAGAAGGCUUCGAGGCGGGAUCUGGCGUAUCUUUCCGCCAGGAGUCUGCUGGGUGGCAAUGACCAGGCAAGGGCGCAUGGCGGGACGACGAUUUCCGGCACCAUGGUUCUCGCCCGGUUGGCGGGAAUCAGGGUGUUUGGGACAGGUGGGCUUGGCGGAGUGCACCGCGGCGGGGAGAGGUCGAUGGAUGUGUCUGCGGAUUUGACGGAGCUCGGCAGGACGAGGGUAGCGGUCGUGAGUAGUGGGUGUAAAGGCUUCUUGGAUAUUCCCAGGACGCUGGAGUUUCUCGAGACGCAAGGCGUGCUGGUGUCGACGUUUGCGGAGGGCGGGAAGGCCGACUUCCCCGCGUUUUGGGCGAGGGAGAGUGGCGUGCCGAGUCCAUCGACGGUGAGGGAUGAGAGAGAGGCGGCGGCCAUUAUCUUGGCCCAGGAGCAGCUUGGGGUAGAGUCCGGGAUGUUGUUUGCAAAUCCCAUUCCUGAGGAAUACGCCGUUUCGAGGAAGGACAUGGAGGCGGCUAUUGAGACUGCUGUUCGGGAGGCCGAAGAAAAGGGAUGCACUGGCAAUACCAACACGCCGUAUAUCCUACAGAGGAUCAAAGAUUUCACACAGGGGAGGAGCGUGCCGGCGAAUCUGGCGCUGGUCGAGUCUAAUGUGGCGCGGGCGGCCAAGAUCGCCGUUGAGCUGGCGAAGCUUAUGGACGGGGCACCGGUUUCGCCGAGGACGGUGAAAACUACGGUUACGACCAAGACCAUCUCUUACUCAGGCAUCAACGGGGCGGACCAAACAUCCGUCCCGGCGGUCAAGGUACAGUCAGACGUACAAUCGGAAGUCAAGUUCGAGCACAGCCAUCCGGUGGACGUGCUCGUGGCAGGAGCAGUCGCCCUUGAUCUAAGCUGCGACUACGCCGGCAGUGUUACGUUGGGAGACGCCAAGAGCAUUUCACCGGCACUACACACAUCCAACCCAGCCACCAUCAGCCAAUCUGUUGGCGGCGUGGGGCACAACAUCGCCCUGGCAGCACAUAGGGUCAGCGACGAAGGCAAGGUCCGGCUCUGCAGCAUGGUCGGCGACGAUGUUGCGGGCUCAACCAUCCUCUCCUCCCUGCAAGCCACCGGGCUCGACAUUUGCUCCAUCCGCCAGCUGGGCCACGAGUAUCCCUCCACUCGCACGGCGCAAUACGUGUCCGUCAACGACGCGCACAAGAACCUUGUUCUAGCCAUGGCCGAUAUGGCCAUCUUUUCAACACACUCCUUUCCCACUUACUGGACCUCAGCGGUGGCAUCGUCCAGGCCUAAAUGGCUCGUUGUCGACGCCAACUGGUCCGAAGCCGACAUCCAGACCUGGAUUCACGCCGGCCGCGCCCACGGCGCGCAGAUCGCCUUCGAGCCCGUCUCGACCGCCAAAGCCCAGCGUCUCUUCCCGCCGCUCGACCGGCGCCACGCUCACACCACCCCGCUCACCGUCUUCCCGCGCCCUAGCGUCGACCUCUGCACGCCCAACCAGUACGAGCUGCUAGCCAUGUACGAAGUGGCCAAGCGCAACGGCUACCUGGAGCACAGCUACCCGUGGUUCGAGGUGCUCGACGCGUUCGGCAUCAUGCGCGGGGCCAGGGAGCGGUUCGUCGACAUCACGUCGCCCGAGAUAGCCGACGCGGGGAUUCCUGUGCAGAGCGUCAACUUGCUGCCGUAUAUCCCAACCAUCAUUACCAAGCUCGGCGCGGAUGGCGCCCUGCUGACGACGGUGCUGGAAAAUGGGGAUCCUAGGCUGAGGGACCCGGACCAUGCACGCUAUGUGGUGAGCAGGUCCAUCAACGGCCACCCUCACGUUGGAGGGGUCUAUAUGCGGCUGUUUCCUGCGGUUGAGAGGGUGAAGGAUGCAGUGUCCGUGAACGGGAUUGGGGAUACGUUCAUGGGAGUGCUGGUUACUGGGUUGGCGAUGGGAGGGAAGGUGGACAAGUUGAUUGACGUUGCGCAGAGAGCAGCGGUGAUGACGCUGAGGAGUAAGGAGGCUGUUAGUGUGGAGCUGAGCGGGUUGAAGUGGGAUCUGAGAAGGGCGGUAGAGGCGUCAGGGUAG